AUGGAGGAGGAGAUGCAGCCGGCGGAGGAGGGGCCCAGCACCCCCAAAAUCUACAAGCAGCGGGGCCCCUACAGCGUCCUGAAGACCUUCCCCGGGAAGCGGGCGGCGCUGGCCAAGCGCUACGAGAGACCCACCAUGGUGGAGGUGCCCCGCGGGCGCGGAGCGGGGCAGCCCUUCCCGCACGCCGCCGAGCCGCUGCCCUACGCGCCGCACGGCCCCUUCCCCAACGGGCCCGCCCGCCCCGCCGCCGCCCCCGCCGCCGCUGCCCAGAGCCACCCCCGCCCGCCGCCGCCGGCCCCGAGCUCUUCGGGCCGCUACGGCCCCUGCCCGGCGGCGGCGGGGGGCGGCGGCGCGGAGCUGAGCGCAGAGAGUCGAAUGAUUCUGGAUGCCUUUGCCCAACAAUGCAGCCGGGUUCUAAGUCUCUUAAAUUGUGGUGGAAAACUACUGGACAACAAUCACUCUCAGUCCAUGAUUUCUUGUAUAAAGCAGGAAAACCCAAAUUAUAGUGAAAGACAAGAGCAAUGUCAGCUUGGGAAAAUGGUCCAUAGUCAGACGUCAGACAUUUUAGACAUAGAGAUGCAGUAUAUGCAAAAGAAACAACAAACCUCAGCCUUUCUGAGAGUUUUUACCGAUUCCCUUCAGAACUAUUUGCUUUCUGGGAGCUUCCCUUCUCAGAACACCUCAUCAGUAAAUGAUUUUAGCCAUUUGGCAGAUGUGGAUCCACUUUCAACCUCUCCAGUACACACUUUAGGUGGAUGGACAUCUCCAGCAACAUCUGAAUCUCAUGGUCACCCGUCAUCUUCUACACUUCCAGAGGAGGAAGAGGAGGAAGAGGAAGAAGGUUAUUGCCCUCGGUGUCAAGAGCUAGAGCAGGAGGUAAUUUCAUUGCAACAAGAAAACGAGGAACUUCGUAGAAAAUUGGAGAGCAUUCCAGUGCCCUGCCAGACUGUUUUAGAUUAUUUGAAGACUGUACUUCAGCAUCACAACCAGCUUAUGGUACCACAGCCAACAGACCAUCCGACUGAGGGGAGCAAGCAGUUGCUGAACAACUACCCUGUCUACAUCACUAGUAAACAGUGGGAUGAGGCUGUAAAUUCUUCCAAGAAAGAUGGACGACGGCUCCUUCGCUAUCUCAUCAGAUUUGUUUUCACAACCGAUGAGCUUAAGUACUCAUGCGGCCUUGGAAAAAGGAAAAGGUCAGUGCAGUCAGGAGAGACAGGUCCUGAAAGACGUCCUCUGGAUCCAGUAAAAGUAACAUGUCUCAGAGAGUUCAUUAGGAUGCAUUGUACUUCCAACCCGGACUGGUGGAUGCCAUCCGAAGAGCAAAUAAACAAGGUAUUCAGUGACGCAGUAGGACAUGCUCGUCAAGGGCGUGCGGUGGGGACUUUCCUUCACAAUGGGAACUCGUAUUACGAAGGGACUGACCAUCCAGGAUCACAGGACGAAGUCUUCAAUAGAGGUAUGCAAGACGGAUCUGGCGAUUGAUGGCAGUGAGAAGAACCUCAUACAACAGUAGCAACCACUUAAUUUAGGAGAGACUAUUUGUUAAACAUACUUACCCUGCUGUCAUUUAAGAGUCCAAAGCAUGUUUGAACACAUACUGCAUACAUUUCAGCUUCUCCAUCCUACCAUGCCCCCGUUAACAGAAAGAAAUCAAUUUCAAGACCUGCUCUGUGGGACUUCUCAGUGCCUAUUAUUUGCAAAUCCUUCAUAGCACCCUCAAAGGGAAAUUGCAGUUCAUUUCAUCUAGUUCUAGAGGAAAGGUCAUUUAAAAACUAUAAAAAUGUCAAAAGAAACAGCAGCUACUGUCUCGUCUGCCUAUUGAUAACAAGCCCAGGUCUGGACCCAGAACAGCUGGGUACUAUUUGCUUUCCAUGAGUAGGAGAUGUAAGAACAAGUCUGCAUGCUUAUAACAAAAAAAGAAGUGGUCUCCCAUUUCCUAACAGAAAAUAACAUAAUUAUAAAUGCUACCUUAAAAUACCGCACAAGGUGGAAAAUUCAGGGACUUCCUUUAGCCAACUCUGCCAGGAAAUUAAGCUUCCCGGGUAAAACAGCAGCGCUUGUCAACAGCAGAAUCCUUCAAAGACCCAGAACAAUAACAGGCACUUCUAAUAGAUAAAAAUUGCUUUGUAUAUCAGAUAGACACUAUAUUUAUCUAGAUUUCUAGGGGAUUAGAGUUGAUCAUGACAGUUUUCAUUAAAACAAGAUUGCUAAAAACAAAUUGCCAUUUCAGAAGACAGGUUUUGCUUUGUCUGUUCCUAUUCUGCAGCCAUAUUAUGUAGCUUUAGAGGCUUUAAAUUGCCUUUUCUUGGUUUUGCUUUCAUUUGUGUUUUAUAUCCGUUCCUUGAAAUAGAUGAGGCAAUGUGCUGGUCUUAACAGUCAGAUGCUCAGUGUUGCAUUCAGGGAGGGGUUGGGUAAGAAGAGCCUAGUUUAACCUUUUGUUGUAAGUAAGCAUGGGAUGCAAACUAAGAGCUGUAAGAAAAGAACUGUGCUAGAGCAGAAUUCACAACAGCGCACAACAUUGGAAGCAGAUACCAACUUAGAAAAAAAAAAAUCAGUCCACUGAAAACCUUUAAUUUUAAAGGCUUAGGAGUCCGUUGUCCCUCUAAAUUGAUGCACUCCAGAAAUACGCAAUGCCAAAGAAAGAAUACCCUUUCCUUUCCGUGUCAGGGUGUUUCCAUCUCCUUACCCUUGUCCGGUCACUCAGGCCAGUGCUGGCAUCCUUCCCAGCCUGAACCAGCUCUCCUUGAGGCAACUUUCCCCACUGGCAGGUACAGGGAACUGGUUUCUGGAAAGAAAGUUCACUUCGCUUUUGACCAUCCUUACUGCUACCUCAUCAGCGUUGACUCUCCUGAACGCGUAUCUCAUACUUCCCAGCUUUCCUGCCUUGUGCAAGCCACGAGAGAAGCUACUAAUUGCUCCUUUUACCCUUCUCCUCUCCUUCCCGACCUUCUCCCCGUGCGCUGGGCAGGGCAGGAGACAGCCAACCCCUUCCUCAAAGAUCAGGAAGGGCCCUCUGGGGUGAAGCGCUCCUCUAGCUCCAGCCUGACCGCGGAUGGAGGACUGAGGCAGUCUCUCAAAGGUCAGCUCACCCACAUGAUAGUUUCUUCCCGCCAUCUGCCUCCUCUUUGCCUGCGGUUGUGACUGGUCUCUCACGGCCGGCCCGCGGGGCAUCUCGGGACACGGGCUCCACCGUGCACCGCCAUAGUCGGGACCUCGCUCAGCCAGGAUAUGCUUUAGGCCCUUAAAUGUCCAAUACCUCUCAAUUCAUUUUAUUUUUGGUGAUUUUUAAAAGGGGGGUGAAAGGCACUCACUUACCCCAGAAUAACUCAUUUAUUUUCUAAAAGUGAAUGAGCAGUUUAGUCACACUAGACCUCACCAGGCCAAGGGGUUUGGGACAGCAUCCCUCACUACAGGCAGGAGGUGACUUUCUUUGAGUGGUCAAUGGUGCGUGGUGGCCUUCUGGAGGAGAAACUCGGUGUAUAGAAAUGUCAUGGUACAGAUAUCCUAUAGUAGCUUUUCAGUGUUGAACUUACACUUUUUUUUAAAAGAACUAUAAUAGAAGAUGUUACAUUGCUCAGAUGGUGUAAGUCUUGCUGGUCUAUGUUUAAUGUGGUGACACUUGCCAGAACUACUUGGUAAAACAUGUCAGAACGUGUGAGUCAACAUUAUACUGUAAAUUUGUCCAUCGCAAUAUGUAUCAUGCUGUAUUUUUGUAAACAUUGUGAUGGUUUCCUUUCAAAUGUUUAAUCGUAUGAGGUUAAAAAUAGGAACGCUUCAUUUUUAACAGUCACAGAACAGCAUUACUGGACUGGACAGACCUCUCUCACUUAAUAACCUAAAGAUUUGCUGAAAUAACUAGUAAGCCUAGCUUUAUUUUUAGUGUAGAAAGUGUAGCCAGCGUCCUGGAACCGCUCACAAUCCUCUGCUCUCAUACUGUGCAAAAUAACCAAAUGUAUAGUUUCAUCUAGUGCCACUUUGGCACUAGAAAUGGCUUUGCAGGUUUAGACCUUUCUUUAUGAACAAAAUUUUGCCCUCAGUUGCUUGUGUGCACUGGCCAGUGACAUGAAUCGUAGUCACAGACAGGCAUUAGCAAACACCAGCUCAUCGGUUUUUUUGUUCGUUUGGUUUUAAAAUAACAGAGUACAGCAACUUCUCUCAGUUGUCUGUCUAAUUGCCAUCAUGGCCAUUUGACUCUUGACCCACCCAUUUCAUUUAAAAAAAAACCCAAACCUUUCACAACAGCUUAUUCUGAUUAAUUUGUUCAUGAGACAUUAUAAAUUCAUACACAUUGAAGUGUCUAAAUAUCCGCAAGAUGUUAGGUAUAAUAGUAUGGGACCUGAAAUAAUAGAUAGCACAUAAGCCCUUGCAGAGUGAGAUAUCCGUAUUUAAGCAGUGUGCUUUGUAAGUCAGCACAUCCCUUCCCAGCUCUGGAUGUAGACAGCAGGCUUGCGACAGACGGAAACCGCUAUCUAUCAUGUCACUCCAGAAAGUCCCAGGAGGAUAGAGAUUCUUGUCUUAGCCUUCCAUACUCUUUAAUCUUACUGUCAUUUAUGUAUCUGCCUUCUCUCAAACUUUGUGUAGCAGUACCGCACGCCCAUCUGUGCCAACAUGCCUUCGCUAUAUUUUCUAUGACAAAUAUUUGUGGAGAAACUGUGAUUAAAAAACCAUUAAUCCUGAUAUUUUUAUUGUUAUGGUGUAGUUAAUUCUAUGAAUACUUUCUAAUGAUGAUUGUACUGUGUAGAGUAAGUACAGGUUAGGGAUAGACCUUUACCAGAUAUUGUACAAAAAAAGUGCAUAGUGUAAUAUAGACUAGUAAGGUUUUUGUGACAAUUUCUAUAGGAUGUGUGAAUUGUUUUCUAUGUGGCAACACACAUUUCUUUUAAAGAAUAUAAAAAUCUUAGAGAAUUUUUUAAACGGUCAAUAUUUUUUAAUUAUAAAGGCAUUUGUUACCUACAGUUUACUAUUUCAGGUGUUAAUUCUAAUUUGAAUAUUGGUUUUAUUACUACAUACCUCCAGUUCCAUUUGUUCUGUUGCAUAAAAAUGCACAAUAAAAGUUAGUCUCUGGUUAACCUGUCUCUCUCUUUCUCUAUAGGCAUUGUUGUGUUGGUGUGACAGCCGUCACAACUGGU